CAUGAAUCCUAUUUAAUAAGCAUGGUUAAAAAUAUUGAACCCAGUUUCUGAGGUAAUCAAUGAGAAAUUAGCCAAACGAUCAGGAUUAUUGGGUAAGAUUGGAAGAUUCUUUCUUAUUGGCCCAAGAGAAUUUGGAUAUCAUCCAACAAACUAAAUGUUCAUAUAUUUCAAUAGAAGAGUGCUCUUUGCAACAGCCUUUAUGGGUCAUAAAUACUCAGUCUUAAAGUAAGUAACACUAAUAUAUUUAAUAUAGAGGACUCACACAUUAAGGAUAUCAUAUGUUAAGACCAAUGAGAGCAGCAGUAUUCUUGGGACCAAUAGCUGUAUUGGCAGGUCUAUUUAGAUUAGUCUAUUAUUCUUCUGAAAACAGAUCAUAUUAGUAUGCAAUUUUAUUUGGAUAGAUAGUCCUGAUAAUUUAGAUUACGUGAUGAAGAAAGCAACUAAUUCAUUACAUUUUCCAUUGAAUACAUUGAAUCAAAGAUUAUCAGCACAUUAUACAGAAAUUAGUUCUAUUUAUACAGCUGAAAUGAUGAAGAGAGUAAUAAUGCAUUUAUAUUCAAAUCUUAGUAUCAUAAAUAACAUGCCAAAAUAAUAAAGGAGAGAUCAACCUAAUCAGAACAUGUUAAAAAAACUAAAUAUGCUGAUCCAUCAUAUAAAUAUGUUCCAAUGACUCCAGUCCAUAUUGAAGAUGUAAAACUCGCUUGAG